GCCCACUCCCGGAGUUUCCCGCCCGGAAGUUCCGGUCCCUGUGGCCCUCCGAUGCGGCCAGCCAGAAGGUUGGUGCGUUGCGGGCAGAGGCACCCUGGCCUCGGCGGGCUCUGGGAUCCGAACCGUGAAUGAGUCGCAGGCGGGGCACCGAAGUGCAGCUUCUCUAUAGUGUGUUGAGCAGGAGAAUCUGAGCUGUACCAAUUCUCCAUGACUCCACUCCUAGCUAUGCUUCCAGAGCCCUCUGUGCAUUUCCAAGAGCAAACAAAAAUGGAUACAUCUCUGGGCUUGGUGUCAUUUGAGGAUGUGGCUGUGAACUUCAGCUGGGAUGAGUGGCAGGACCUGGAUGAAGCUCAGAGGACCUUGUACAAGGAUGUGAUGCUGGAGACCUACAGCAGCCUGGUGUCCCUGGGGCACUGCAUCCCCAAACCUGCUGCGAUCAUCAAGCUGGAACAAGGAGCAGAGCCGUGGGUGGCAGAAGAGCCCCCAGACCAGAGCCAUCCAGGGCACUGCAUCCCCAAACCUGAGGUGAUCAUCAAGCUGGAGCAAGGAGCAGAGCCAUGGGUGGCAGAAGAGCCCCCAGACCAGAGCCACUCAGAUAUCCAGAAAGUGGAGGAUCUGAGUGAGACCAGCCAGGAGAGUCGAGAAAGACAUCCGUGGCAAGUUGUGAUUACCAGCCGCAGUGCAGCCGAAGAGAGAGUUGAAUUACAAAGAGCAUUUAAUUUAAGCUCAAGCCAGAUUUCAGAGCUGAUUGAGUCAAUAAAUCCUUUUGUUGCUGAUGAUGUCCUUGAGGGGACACUGUUCCUCAUGACAAGCUACUUCUGCAGUCCAUGGGCCCCAUCCAGGACCCCAAAUGAUAUCCAGUCAACAUGUCUCUGUAGACUCCUCUUGGGGUGACAGUUUCUCUGAACUUCCUUGUUCCAGUGACCUCGGCACCAUGAGGAGGACCUGUCAGACUGAGUGAGAGUACAGAGCAGAGACAGCCCAGCACAGGGCAGUUUCCCACUGGGUGAUGCUAAAGCCCUGUGAGCACCUAGUGCAGGGAGAUCCUGCUCUCAGGGGGACCAGAGCAGCCAUCUGACCACCUCACCAUGCAGCUCUUGCAUGUGUAAUAGUUGGUUUAAAGUUAGAAGCUGUGUUACUGACCAAGACCUGUGAUCACGACUGUUGUCCUGAUGUAAGCAAAUGGUCAGGUAUUUUUUAGAUUGUUCUAAUUUGGGGUUUACUUGUUUUCCCUCACAUUUAGACUUGCGCCAUGUGUCUGGGGGAAGCAGUCACAGAGGUAGUGAGUUGCUCUGUCAUCUCAAGCCCUCAAGGUGAAUGUUAUUUUAGUACUAAGGAUGCUCAGCUGGCUGGAGGAGUGCCUUUCAUGUUUCCUUGUUUUUCUCAUAUUUAGCCUAGGGCUGGGAAUCUGGGGGAAGCAGGUCACAGAGGUGGACAAUGCUCUGUCAUUUCAGACCGUCAAGGUGAAUAUCAUGUUAGUACUAACCGUGCUCACCUGGCUUAGGUAGUACCUUUCAAGUUUCUCUCUGAGGAGUUACUAUUCUCUGCAUGUUCACAUUGUGUUUUCUGGAGGAAGUCAUUUUACAGAGCCAACACUUAAGGAACAGGGAGUUACCUUCACCUCCUCAGUGGCCUUGUCUGCAUAGUUAUUUGGUAUGCAUCUACACAAGAGGUUUCUGCACAAGAGAAUUGCAUAUUGUAAAUAAUUUAUCUCAGUCUAUAGCUUUUCUUUUUGUUCUCUUUCACAGAGUAUAAAAUUUAUUUUUUUCAUGUUGCAGCAGUCUGGCUGGGCACAAAAUAACCGAGCUGCCACGAGGAACUUGUAGGUUCAAACAGGAACUACUUUAUUGCCGGAACCCCACCAGAACACUCCCCAACUCCUCAGAAAACCUACGAGAACCAACGGGAACUCCACGGGAACUCUGUGAGAACUCAACGGGAACUCAACGGGAACUCCGCAAGAACUCAAAAGUAGCAGGCACUCGUGGUAGCAGGAGCUGCCAGACUGCUGGACAGCAGAAGUUAAUAUAUACAACUGAAUAUGCUGGCGUUACUUCUAAACCACUCCUUCUGGCAAAAUGCCUAGGCGCCAUCCCGACCUGGUUGUGGCUCUCAACAUCUCCUGCCUUCUGUUUAAUUAAACAAGUAUGUAGCUUAGUGACGGUGCCUGUCUUAGCUUGUCCAAUACUACAUAUGGUCCUUACCCGUCAUUGGAUGAGCUGACCUCAAGGUGUCAGUCUCCUGUCUUAGGUUGGUACCAUUGCAAUUGGAUCUUACCCAUCAUUGACUACCAGCCCAGCAUUUUUAUAACACUUAUGGAUACAAACACCAUAAACAAUCUGCUACAAGCAGAAAAAGCCAUCAGGGGAAAAGUUACAACAGGAGGCUACUACUAAUAG